AUGGAUGAUCUGGCAUCGGUGAGCUACGAGCACCAAUUCAACAGAACAUAUGAUGCAAGGCUUGCAGAGUUAAAGCCUUAUAUUAUAAGGUCUGUAAGGGCCCAGAACGGGGUUCCUAUAUUGGACACGAUUCUUGGGGUUGAGGAGGAGUUGGAUACCUCAACAUGUGUGAUUGUCGGGACUCUUUUUGUGGCCAGCGACUUGAAGCCUUCGAUAUUCGACAAGAUCGACAGAAAAUCCAAGAAGCUCAAAGAGGUGGAAACGAAGACAUACUACACAGAGGACAUAAAAUAUCUCUUAGAAGACGGGAGUGGGAGAAUAGAGCUUGAGUUCCUCGAUGUCGGGGAUAUAUACCGGAAGCAUUUUGUGUUAUGCACCGGGAUGUGUGUCGGAGUCCAAGGAAGGAGAGCAAAAAAGGGAAAAUUCCUUGCAGAGGACAUUAUUUUCCCGUUUUCGAAUCCCCGGAGCCUUCCUUUGGGUUUUAGCGAAGUAAGGCCAGGCAAAAGGCUCUGCUUCAUAAGCGGACUUUCUCUAGACGAUGGAAGUAAAAACAAAGAAAGAAUGAUGGUUCUAUGCGACUACCUGAGAAUCGUUGGGGUGAGCGAAUAUGUUGUCAUUGGAAGUUUUUUUGGGGAGAGCAAGGAAGUCAGUAGACAGAUGCUUUCUGAGCUGGAUGAUGUUCUGGGAUAUGCCAAGGCAAAGAUUAAUCUUGUUCCAAACACAGGAGACUUUGGAUCGAAAAUUCUACCUUUGAUGCCUGUCCAUCCAAAGCUGUUUACAUUUGCUGUGGCUUCUCACGCAAAUCCCUGCCGGUUGGACAUAGAUGGAAGAAAGGUACUAACCACAACAAGAUUUGUGAUUGAAGAUAUUCUAAGAUAUCUCCCCCAGGACCUGAAGGAUGUCCAGGGAGAGGCCUUUGAAUACAAAAUGCAUCUGGACAUGGAGAAGAUAGAAGAUAUAAGGCCAAAAAGUAUGAACAGUGAAAGGAACAUUAUAAAUGCAAUGAGAGUGCUAAUGAAAGCGGGCCAUGUCUGUCCAACAGCCCCUGAUACUGUGCCAUCGGUGCCUUUCUCAGGAAAAGACCUAUUUGUUGUGGCGGAUCCAAUCGACUAUUUCUGUGUAGGAGGCACCGACGAGUUUCUUGAUGGGCAAUCCGAAGAUAACUCCACAUUGUUUUUUACAAUCCCAAAGUUUUCCAAGAGACAUGAAGUGGUUGUUCUGGACACAGGAACAAGAGAGCUGGAAGUGGUGAGAUUUGAUAUGAAGGAUUUCGAUUAA